AUGGAUCACUUGACAGCUGUCACGGAUUUUCUGACACUUGGUUACAAUAGAUGUGGGUGGCGCGGCGUCAGCGCAGCAUGGCGUACCGGUCGGAGCGCGGGACGCAGCGACACUGCCGCACCAAGCGUCCACCACACCAAGUUACGAGAACAACAAACUUUACUUUCUGUGAUCGGCUGUGUCUACAUGGUGUUUAACAAUAGCGGCAUCAAAAUAGAGCGGUCAGGGUGUCCAGGAAUCUGUGGCCCGCAGGCCGCGACCACAUCAACCCUGUCUUUCUCAAGCUUCCGUAAUUCAUUUACCACCAAUGUCAAUUACCUGAAACGAAGAUUCAGCUCGGGGGACCUGCAGUCCGAGUGCGAUGAGGGCGAGGUGGACCCCUACACCGGCCAGCCGGCCACCACCAGCCAGCCGAAGCCGCAAAAUCAAAGGCCGGCCUCCCAGGCAACUGGAGGGAGCAUUGGUAGCGCGUCAGGACCACCCCCAACGGCGGCCGCGGCGACAUCUGGAGGAGAUCUCUCUCUGAACUUGCGAGGUGGAUCACGUGGCACCUCCGCUCCAUCCUCUCCGGCUAAAUCUCGAGAGUCUUUACUACAACGCGUACAAUCUCUCACCGGGGCAGCUCGUGAUCAAGGAGCCAAUUUAUUAGGAAGCGUUACAUCAGUUGCUUCUGUGGGUCGUGGCUACAAUCGUGAUCGCUGUGUCACACUACUGGUGGUAGAUGACCAGAACACUGACUGGUCCAAGUACUUCAGAGGUCGGCGGCUGCCUGGUGAAUGGGAUAUUCGUGUGGAACAAGCUGAGUUUAAAGAAUUAUCAGUGACAGCCAAUUCGGAUGGUGCCAAUGUAUCUAUGGCGGUAUAUCGAAGCGGCACUAAAGUGACCCGCUGUUUCAAGCCAGAUUUCGUGCUGGUACGACAGAAUGUCCGUGACGCAGGUGCAGACCACCGUGCCCUUCUGCUUGGUCUCAAGUUCGGCGGUGUGCCUUCUAUCAACAGCCUCAACUCUAUUUACCACUUCCAGGACAGACCAUGGGUAUUUGGCCAUCUUCUUCAACUCCAACGCCGUCUAGGAAGAGAGAAUUUCCCUCUCAUCGAACAAACCUAUUAUCAUAAUCAUACGGAUAUGGUCACAGCACCGAAGUUCCCAGUUGUGAUCAAGAUAGGACACGCACAUAGUGGCGUAGCCAAGGUGAAAGUGGACUCUUUGACCGACUUCCAGGAUAUAGCAGGAGUAGUGGCGAUGUUGGGUACUUAUUGUACUGUUGAACCUUAUAUAGAUGCGAAGUAUGAUAUUCAUAUACAAAAAAUUGGUACUAACUACAAAGCUUUCAUGCGUAAAUCUAUAUCAGGAAAUUGGAAGACCAAUCAAGGCUCUGCCAUGUUGGAAGCUAUCGGUAUGAACGACAGAUAUAAGAUGUGGAUAGACGAGGUGAGCGAAAUCUUCGGUGGCUUGGAAGUAUGCGCCUUGGAACUUGUAGUGGGCAAAGAUGGCCGCGAACACAUCAUAGAACUGAACGACUCGGCCACGUCGUUCAUGGGCGAUUCUCAAGAAGAAGAUAGGCGAUAUCUCGCUGAACUUGUACUGCAGCGUAUGCAGUCGGUGUGUCGACCCGGUAUCACCAAGACGACAUCGCGAUCAUCCGUGACAAACAGCUCAGCAGCUGCUUCACCUGAGGAGCGAUCCGUUUCGCUGCCGGGUUCUGGACCACCAAGCGCACCGCCGCCCGCACCACUUGCUUCCGCCGCCAGCAUCGACCGUCCGCUGCCGCCUAUACCAGCCGAGCCUACUCAGCCACCGCCGCCACCGCUCACCAGGCGCGACUCGCAGGCUUCCCAAUCGUCAACGGUAUCGUCUGCAUCGGCGGCACCCAGCACUACGAGCAACCCGGCCGCCACUGCCACUGCCGGGGCUCCAGGCACCGGAUCUGCCUCCGGACGCGGAGGUUUCGCUCGUCAGGGUUCUCUUAGUGCUGCCCUCACAGAGGACGCAGAAGAUACAAUGAAAAAUCUGCGAAAAACAUUUGCCGGAAUCUUCGGUGACAUGUAAUAUCUUCAUAAUUUUUGUUCGGACAACAGACAGUGUAUUAUCUUAACGUAUGCGACUGUUACAGAAACGAUAUUAAAGACCAAUAUAACUUUAAAUAGUGUCACAUUACUAGACGUCUCUUGUCCGAAACAAGAAAGUAUGGCUUAUUUAUUUGAUAUAAAAAUACACUUAAUUACUUAUAUAGUUCAUGUGCAAAUAAACUCUAUUUUUGCUUUUGAUGAAGCAGUUUGCAUCAUAAUACUCAAUUUCAAAAUAUGACGUUUCCAAUAGCACCUGUUUUGAAGGGACUACCCCUCGAACCGAGUGUACGAAGCGCAACUUUUUAAACAAAAUGAUAAGCAUAGAUUUAAUGUAAAAUAACUAUAGAUUUUUUACAGUAAGUUUAUAAAUAUGAAAAUACGAAUCAACUGAGCUGCAUUGUGAUCGAACCCGUUGGUCACACGGCCGUGUGCGCCGUGCAUUGUAGUGUUUCUCUCUCACAGUUUCUCAAACUCCUUCUACACUCGCUGCACUUUCGUAUGAGGUCACUAAGGAUGGAAACUUCAUAAAUGUUUGUUGUAAAGUCAACUCAUUUUUAUCAUUGAUAUUUAAUUAUUGAAGACAAAUAAUAUUUUGUGGCAAUAAGUAGAUUUGGACAUAUUAAGAUUAUAUUCUAAUUACCAUCGACGAAUUUAUUUUAUAAGAUACUGGAACUUUCCUUUGGUAUUGUCGUAGUUUUAAUAUCUAAACUAUUGGUAUGUGAGAUGUGAGCAAUGCUAUUUAGGACAAUAUUGUUGAAUGCAAGUGUUGAUCCACAUUUUAUAUACAAUAAUCGUAGUUAAAUCUACUAGAUAGUAUUAAGCACUUCUUGUUACACGUUUAUGCUCAUCCGAGUAGUAAGUUAAUAUUGUUUAUAAUUGCAUUUCAUAUUUAUUUACUUAUUUUAUUAUUACUGUUAAUGCUCUUAAUAAAUGUAGUGAUUUCAAGCAUUCGUC